AAAAAAACAACACUUGUGUUCCUUUGACCAUGGAACUCAACCUCUCUACGCCCACAUCAUGUUCCUCCAGCAGCAUCUCAUCAUCCUCGCAUGAGGUCAUCCCCAGGACCAAGGGUAAAUUGAAAGAGAAGGUUACGGCUGAGCCAUCGAAGGAGACUCCGCGGCUAGAGUUCCGUUUCCUGUUCAACGAGAGUACAAGAAGCCACCCCGGUUUUUUGGACGAGGCAGAAGGGACGAGAAAUGAGGCUAAAGCGAGGGUGUUUGCUUGCACCUUCUGCAAAAAAGAGUUCUCUACGUCUCAAGCCUUAGGAGGACAUCAGAACGCUCACAAGCAAGAGCGAUCAUUGGCUAAAAGGCGUAAAGAGAUCGAAAUCAACUAUCCUGGACUCUCCUUCUACAGCCAGUACCCGCCAAGUGGAGUUUCCUACAGCAGCAGUUCCUCGCAGUAUGAUCUCGGGGUUCGUUACAAUCCUAACAUUGCUAAAACUAAGCCCUAUCCGUUCAACAUCCUCACAUAUCGACUUGGAUACAGAGGCCUUAAUAUCCCUCUGCUGUCUCACCUCUCGGUUCCAAAGACGGACGAUUUGUCCAAAAACUUGAUUUCAAAUCUAGAGGGCAGCAUUCACGACCAAGCCGAGAAAAAGGAUCAACCCGAGACUGAUCCUUCCAAGGAUUCUGACAUAGACUUGUCCCUGAAGCUAUAGAUUGCAAGUUUUUAGGAGGGUUAUAUAUUAUUAGUUGUUCCUUGAUUCUGCAUUUCUUUCUUACAUUGUGUUUUUAAAUCGUAAUGUUAAAUCUUCUAUAAUUUUUCAGAAAGAAAAAGAAAAAAACAAGUGACUUUGAAUUCCAUUAUCUUCUACUUGAUACACUAGUUUUGUGUUAAUUAACUUCUGAAUUUCAA